AUGUGUAUACGCUGCCUCCGAAUUAUUUUUAUAUCAUACAGUGACAGUAGCCUUGUUGUGCCACCUGCAUGUGAGGGCUACUAUUUUUUGAGUAACUCAAAUGAGGCCCUUGGGAGAAGCUCCUGCACUGCACCAGGUGCCCUGGGCUCGGUGCAUGAGGAGCAUGGUGCAACUGAGUACCUGAAUGUGAUUGCAAACCAUUCCUUCAACGGUUAUGGGAAUGGUGAUCCGAGCUGUGAGGAUCUGGAUGAUCCGAUGAGCGUCAGUAUGCUUGGCUCAGGCCGGAAAUGCGCGUGGAAUGUUGGUGAAGCUAAGCGUGCCAAGAAGGCCAAGAAGAGUGGAGACGAAGACUCCAGCAUGGCCAUCCCAAAUGGAAGCCGGACCAGCUGCUUGUAA